AUGUACAACGAGGCGUUAAUAAUGAUUGAGGAUGUGUACAUAGAAAUAAGGAACACAGUUCUCAGUCAGCUGGGAGUGCCAUUACCAAACCGAUCUGCUGCUGCUGCUGCUGCUGCUGCUGCUGCUGCUGCUGCUGCUGCUGCUGCUGCUGCUGCUGCUGCUGCUGCUGCUGCUGCUGCUGCUGCUGCUGCUGCUGCUGCUGCUGCUGCUGCUGCUGCUGCUGCUUCGUUAGAUGUGGAUUUGCGCUGUCAGCUAAACUACAGCACGGUUGAUCUUCUGUGGCACCUGCAGCCAAACAUUCCCCAGCUAACACUGGAGCAGGAUGGCAUUUACGAUCAAAUAAUGCGGGCUGUCAAUGACGGGGUUGGAGGAACCUUCUUCUUAGAUGCGCCAGGAGGAACUGGCAAGACGCUCCUACUAAGGCUAAUCCUGGCAGAAAUUCAAUCAAAAAAUUACAUGACCUUGCUCUUGCGUCGUCUGGAAUAG